UGGGGUCGUACCUGACGGCUGUCGUGAAGCAGCGGGAGGAAAGCGAGGGAGGAAGAAGGGGGAGUCCAGGCCCAGCCCGGCCCCCCGGCCCGCGGGGAAUUGGCUCCGCGCCGCGCCCCUCCGCCCUCGGCGCAUCGCAGUCGGAGUCCGGAGGAGGAGAAGGUGGCGGCGACGGCGCUGCCGCCUCUGGCUAUGUAGGGGCCCCAGAGCGGGCAGAUCCGGAGGCCGCUGUCCGCCUCUGGAGCUCGGCGCCGGGGCCGGGCCCGGGCCCGGCGGGAUGUUUUCCAAGAAGCCGCACGGGGACGUGCGGAAAUCCACGCAGAAGGUGCUGGACACCCGCAAGGACCCACUCACCCGACUCAAGCACCUCCGCGUCCUUAUCGACAAUGCAGAAUCAAUUGAUCUCAAACAGUUUUUUGACCUACAUUUUUCACAUAUAUAUUAUGUGUUCUUUGAAAACUUUGUAACUAUUGAAGUGGGCCUUAAACAAAAAGGUCACAAGUCUCAGAGAGAAGAAUUAGAUUCUAUUCUUUUUAUUUUUGAGAAAAUUUUACAACUCCUUCCUGAAAGGAUUCAUCAGAGGUGGCAAUUUCAUAGUAUUGGGUUGAUUUUAAAGAAGCUUCUUCACACUGGAAAUUCAUUAAAGAUACGUCGAGAGGGUGUGCGUCUCUUUCUUUUGUGGCUGCAAGCACUUCAAAAUAACUGUAGUAGAGAACAAUUAUGGAUGUUUUCUUGCUUGAUUCCUGGAUUUUCAUCACCACAGUCUGAAUAUGGCCCCCGAACACUAGAUAAUCUCAUUAACCCUCCCCUUAAUGUCCAAGAAACUCAAGUGACUAUAGAAGAAAUCACUCCACUUGUUCCUCCGCAAUCAGGAGAUAAAGGACAAGAAGAUUUAACAAGCUAUUUUUUAGAAGCACUUUUGAAAUACAUGGUAAUUCAGGUUAAGAGUUUAGAAUGGAAGAACAAGGAAAACCAGGAAAAGGGAUUUUCAUUUUUAUUCUCAAAUUUUAAGAAAUACUACUUACCUUCUAUUUUCCCGAACAUCUGUAAGGAGACCAGCUUGUAUAACCCUAUACUUGAUAUACCACAAAUGAGACCAAAGCCACACUAUGUAAUAGUUAAGAAAGAUGCUGAAACCAAUGAGGCAAUCUAUUGCACAAAGGAACCUUUCAUUAAGGCUCGUGUUAUUGUCAUUCGAUGGUUGGUGUCUUUCUGGCUUGAGCCAAAACCUCAUACAGGACCUCAUAUUCCUGGAAUGGAAGGUGAAAAUGUGCCAAAGAAUAUUCAGAGAGCAGCUGCUAGUAUGGCUUCAAGGGAGGACAGCAAAAAUGACAGUACUGAUAAGCAGGAUAGAAAUGCAGAACCAGAACAAUCUCAUUCUAAUACAAGUACUUUAACAGAGAGAGAACCAAGUUCUUCCAGCCUCUGCAGUAUUGAUGAAGAGCAUUUAACUGAUAUUGAAAUUGUCCGGAAAGUCUUCUCUUCUAAAAGAAAUAAUGUUAAUUUUCUAACUGAGAUUUUUCGACAGGCAUUUCUGUUGCCAAUAUGUGAAGCAGCUGCCAUGAGGAAGGUGGUAAAGGUGUAUCAAGAAUGGAUUCAACAAGAAGACAAACCUUUAUUUAUGAAAGAACCUGAAGAAAUAAUGCAGUGCACAGCUGUAGAUUGUGAUGAAAAUGUUGACCAUAAUUCUUCAGAGAAAGGAAAAGAAAGAGAAGAGGAAAAAGGGGUGAACUCCAGUCAUGGAGUUAGAAAUUCAAACUGGACAAGAAAUGGCUGUUAUGAAGAUGCUUUGCAUAAAACAUCUGAAAUUGAUACUGAAGAGCAAAAUGUACGAGCUGGAGUGCAGUCAGUAUUGCAGGUUUUUAUAAUAAAUUCUUCAAAUAUAUUUUUUCUUGAACCUGCAAAUGAAUUUAAAGCUCUGCUGGAUGAACACACUGAUAUGUGCAAACGCGUUCUCAAUAUCUACCGCCACAUGGUAGUCCAAGUGACUAUGGACAAGAAGACAUGGGAGCAGAUGCUACUUGUGCUGCUCAGGGUAACUGAAUCUGUGCUGAAAAUACCACCCCAAACUUUCUUGCAGUAUCAAGGAAGAAAAAACUCCACUUUAGCUGGAAGACUUGCAGGACCUCUUUUCCAGACUCUUAUAGUAGCUUGGAUCAAAGCAAAUCUAAAUGUGUACAUUUCUCGAGAACUUUGGGAUGACUUGCUGUCUGUAAUGUCAUCACUGACAUACUGGGAAGAGCUGGCCACUGAGUGGUCACUGACAAUGGAGACACUUACUAAAGUAUUAGCUAGAAACCUGUAUAGCCUGGACCUCAGUGACCUGCCACUGGAUAAAUUAAGUGAGCAGAAGCAGAAAAAACACAAAGGCAAAGGAGUUGGGCAUGAAUUCCCAAAGUCUUCUGUUGAUAAGUCCUUUUCUAGAGGCUGGAGCCGUGACCAGCCGGGACAGGCACCCAUGAGACAGCGCAGUGCUACAACCACCGGCUCUCCGGGAACAGAAAAGGCAAGGAGCAUAGUACGGCAGAAAACAGUUGACAUUGACGAUGCUCAAAUUCUUCCACGUCCACAUCGAGUCAGACAUUUUUCUCAGAGUGAGGAUGCUCCAAGUGAAGUUUUUGGUGCAUUAAAUGAAGAACAACCACUGCCACGAAGCAGCAGCACCUCUGACAUCCUGGAGCCAUUCGCAGUUGAACGAGCCAAAGGUGCAGUUCCUGUCAUUGACAGUUCAUCCCAUCAUGCUCCAAGCUUACAGAAUUCCACUGAGACCUCUUCAAUGCUUAGAUCCACUGAAAGCCAUAUCACUGAUACAAAUAGCAGAGAGUCCUCCUUGGAAGUUGGGGAUAGUAUUUAUGACCAUCUUUGUCAUUUAAUAGGGCCGGUAGAAUUUGCAAACACUGCCUUUGAACAAAGCCAGUAUGUUGACCUUGAAGGUGAAGAUGAUCUCCUUUCCUCUCUGAGAGAAUAUCUAAUUAAAGAAAAAGAAGAACUUUGCGGUAACUUUGAGAUAGAUAAAUCUGAGGCUUCUGCUCAUGAAGUUGAUACAUCAGUAAGUAGGAAUGAUAGAUUACCACUGGAUGGAUUAGAAAAUAGAGAUCAGACUGGUCAAUGCACAACUAGCAACGCUGUUGCAGAAAGAGGCAAUAACACAGAGCUGCAACUAGAACAAAACCCAAGUGGCUUUAUAAGUAAUAUUGCACCUACUCAAGUAGACUUUUUUACAAGAAAUCAAGCACUCAAUAAAGCCAGACAGUUAGAUAUUGAUAAACAAUAUGAAAGCGCAUUUGAUCAUGGGUCAAGUAGUCCUAGCAGCAAAGAAGGGAAGAGAUAUCUGUACAGGCAAGCUGCCACUGAAACUGAUGUAGAUUUAGUUGUGGAAGCACCGGUAGCUGAAAAGCAUAAAAGUGUCCAGUUUAAUGAGAAAGUGACCAACUCACGUAUUGUCCACGCAAAGAAAAUUCUUACUAAAGCACAACUUGAUCCUCACAUCACAGGCACAAGCAAACUGGCACCAGCUAAAAGAAGUAUAUCUGAAACUGUAACUCAUAGGGCCAAAAUCAUGAAAAUAACAACUAAAAAAAGAAACAGCGUUCAUGUUACUUUUAGGCCAUCUACAGAAUCGGUCCAGUUUUACAAUCCUCUUGAGAACAAAGAGGCUGCUUGGAAAGCAAGGCUUCGUAAACUUGGUGGCUUCAGUAGUAACAGUAGUGGUAGCAGCAACAGCAGUACCAGUGCAAGCAGUAGCUCAUCAGCUGCCACAGAGCUGGUUAGACCUGGAAUAUAUAGGCAUCUAGAUGCAGUCAAUACUGCUUCAGCUGGCAGCAAGCAAGUUAAGGAAUCUACAGAAAAUCAAGCAGCUGUGUUGCAGAAAGAAGGUCUUGCCGUUAGUCAGUUCCAAUGUCGUAGUGCCUUUAGAGCACCAGGUCAGGAGUCGGCACAACAGCAGGGCUCCCUGGGUGGUGUUUAUAAAACUGUUGUACAUGCUCUUUCGAAGCCGAAGGCAAAUGUUUCCCCACAGAGGCAGAACAGAAUGCCAGCAGAGGCUCCACUGAGGGAUCUGUACAGUCAUGUAAUGGGCUAUUUUGGAAGGAAAGCUGCAGCUAAUAGAGAGGACAUGAGUCAAAAGCUGCACCCUAUUGAUAGUGAUAUUGGCAGUAGCAAUACAAAUGUUCCUGACCUCAUGGACGAAUUUAUAGCUGAGAGACUCCGCAGUGGUAAUGCACUGAAUGUGACAAGAAGAGGAAGCAGCCCUGGCAGCCUGGAAGUUCCUAAGGACCUUCCUGAUAUAUUGAACAAGCAGAACCAAAUGCGUCCUGUGGAUGACCCAGGCGUGCCUUCCGAGUGGACGUCGCCUGCGAGCGCGGGCAGCAGUGACCUCAUCAGCUCAGACAGCCACUCGGACUCCUUCAAUGCCUUCCAGUAUGACAGCCGCAAAUUUGAAAAUUUCAGCUUUGGCACCGAGGCAGGGACACCAGCUUCUACUGACGUUGAUGCAAUUUCAGGACAGCAACAAAGUGCUGAGGAACAAGAAGUGGCCAGUCUAACUACACUCCACAUAGAUUCAGAAACAAGUAGUCUCAAUCAGCAACCAUUGUCUGCUGAAGCUGCAACUAUUACUGGCUCUGAAAGUGCUUCUCCAAUCCAAUCUGCUCUUGGAUCCCGAUCACAGACACCCUCUCCUGCCACUCUGCAUGCAGAUCAUAUUGAGCAGAAGGAUCUGCAGCUGGAUGAGAAGCUCCACCACUCUGUUUUACAGACGCCAGAUGACCUAGAAACUAGUGAAUUCCCCUCAGAAUGUUGCAGUGUGAUGGCUGGCGGAACACUUACAGGAUGGCAUGCAGAUGUUGCUACUGUGAUGUGGAGGAGGAUGCUAGGAAUUCUGGGAGAUGUCAACAGCAUAAUGGAUCCAGAGAUUCACGCCCAGGUUUUUGAUUAUCUGUGUGAACUGUGGCAGAAUCUGGCCAAGAUAAGAGACAAUCUUGGUAUUUCAACAGACAACCUAACUUCACCAUCUCCCCCAGUUUUAAUUCCACCACUGAGAAUUCUAACACCAUGGCUCUUCAAGGCAACAAUGCUGACUGAUAAAUACAAACAAGGAAAGCUACAUGCUUAUAAGCUCAUUUGUAAGACAAUGAAACGAAGACAAGAUGUUUCUCCAAACAGGGAUUUUUUAACUCAUUUCUACAAUAUAAUGCACUGUGGACUUCUUCAUGUUGAUCAAGAUAUUGUCAAUACAAUCAUCAAGCACUGCUCUCCUCAGUUCUUUUCACUUGGUUUACCUGGUGCUACCAUGCUUAUUAUGGAUUUCAUUGUAGCAGCAGGAAGAGUGGCUGCUUCUUCUUUCCUCAAUGCACCAAGAGUUGAAGCACAGGUUCUUUUAGGAUCUCUAGUCUGUUUUCCCAAUUUAUAUCGUGAACUACCAGCUCUUCACCCAAAUAUUCCUGACAUUGCUAUGUCUCAGUUUACAGAUGUUAAGGAACUCAUAAUUAAAACUGUGUUAAGCUCAGCAAGAGAGGAGCCAUCUGGUCCUGCACGGUGUGUUGCUCUUUGCAGCCUUGGAAUUUGGAUCUGUGAGGAGCUAGUCCAUGAAUCACAUCAUCCUCAGAUCAAGGAAGCAUUGAAUGUGAUAUGUGUUUCUUUAAAGUUUCCAAAUAAAACAGUAGCUCAAGUUGCCUGCAGUAUGCUGAACAUGCUGAUACAUUAUGUACAUAGACUUCAACUUUAUCAAGCUGAUUCACCAUUAAGAAUUAUUCAAAUUCUGAUAGCAACUAUUACACAUCUGCUACCCAGUACAGAAGCUUCCUCUUAUGAGCAGGACAAGAGGUUGGUGGUUUCUUUACUUCUGUGCUUAUUGGAUUGGAUAAUGGCCUUGCCAUUGAAGACUUUGCUGCAGCCUCUUCAUGCUACAGGAGCAGAAAAUGAUAAGACUGAAAGAUCUGUUCUUAAUUGUAUAUAUAAGGUUCUGCAUGGAUGUGUCUAUGGGUCUCAGUGUUUUAGCAACCCGAAAUAUUUUCCUCUAAGCCUUUCUGAUCUGGCAUGUAUGGAUUAUGAUCCUUUUAUGCAUUUAGAGAGCUUAAAGGAACCAGAACCACUGCAUUCUCCAGACUCUGAGAGGUCUUCUAAACUUCAGCCAGUCACUGAAGUGAAAACUCACAUGCAACAAGGAUUAAUUUCUGUUGCUGCUCGUACUGUGAUAACACAUCUAGUCAACCACUUGGGCCAUUAUCCUAUGAGUGGAGGUCCUGCUAUGCUGACCAGUCAAGUGUGUGAAAACAAUGACAAUCCAUACAGUGAAAGUCCUGAGCUUUCUCCUGAACUUUUUGAGAACCCAAAUCUUCAAUUCUUUGUAUUAAACAAUACUUCCCUGGUGUCUUGCAUACAAAUCCAAGCAGAAGAUGACAUGCCUGGGGGAGGACUGUCUGCUGGACUUGCAUCAGCUAAUUCAAAUGUUAGAAUUAUAGUGCGUGAUCUGUCUGGCAAAUACUCCUGGGAUUCGGCCAUUUUGUAUGGACCAUCAUCUUUAUGUGGAUCUUCACAACAAACAUCUUUUGCACUUUCAUUAUCUCAGCAAGAUAAACCAGAAGAUGCUCUUUCAUCUUUUGAGCAUGUGGAGGAUGUAUCUGCAAGAGAUGGAAUUACACUCCAAGUUAAAAGGAAAUUUAGAGACACUGUACCAACAUGGGAUACAAUUAGAGAUGAAGAAGAUGCUCUUGAUGAGCUGCUGCAGUAUUUAGGUGUUACAAGCCCUGAAUGCUUACAGAGAACUGGUGUUUCACUCAACAUCCCUGCUCCUCAACCAGUCUGCAUCUCAGAAAAGCAGGAGAAUGAUGUCAUCAAUGCAAUUCUGAAACAGCACACAGAAGAGAGAGAGUUUGUUGAAAAGCAUUUCAAUGAUGUAAAUAUGAGGGCUAUGGAGCAGGACGAGCCAACCUCACAAAAGCCACAGUCAGCAUUUUACUACUGUAGAUUACUUCUCAGUAUACUAGGAAUGAAUUCAUGGGAUAAAAGAAGGAGCUUUCAUCUCCUGAAGAAAAAUGAGAAGUUACUUCGAGAACUCAGAAAUUUGGACUCAAGACAAUGCCGAGAGACACACAAGAUUGCAGUGUUUUAUGUUGCUGAGGGACAGGAAGAUAAACACUCCAUUCUUACGAAUACUGGGGGAAGUCAAGCCUAUGAGGAUUUUGUAGCUGGUCUUGGCUGGGAGGUAAAUCUCACAAACCAUUGUGGUUUUAUGGGAGGACUACAAAAAAACAAAAGCACUGGAUUGACCACUCCAUAUUUUGCUACCUCAACAGUGGAAGUCAUGUUCCAUGUGUCAACAAGAAUGCCUUCUGAUUCAGAUGACUCCUUAACAAAAAAGCUAAGACAUUUAGGAAAUGAUGAAGUACACAUUGUCUGGUCAGAACAUACUCGAGAUUAUAGAAGAGGAAUAAUUCCAACAGAAUUUGGUGAUGUUCUUAUAGUUAUCUAUCCCAUGAAAAACCAUAUGUUCAGUAUCCAGAUCAUGAAAAAGCCUGAGGUUCCAUUUUUUGGUCCACUCUUUGAUGGUGCUAUUGUGAAUGGAAAAAUUCUGCCUAUUAUGGUUCGUGCAACAGCUAUAAAUGCAAGCCGUGCAUUGAAAUCAUUAAUCCCAUUAUACCAAAACUUCUACGAGGAGAGAGCGCGAUACCUGCAAACAAUUGUUCAACAUCAUCUAGAGCCUUCAACGUUUGAAGAUUUUGCUGCUCAGGUUUUUUGCCCAGCACCUUAUCACCAUUUGCCCUCAGAGACGGAUCAUUAAAUAUCAGUUCUGUUUAUCUGAAGUUAAUUUUGUGUAGGAAUCUCAUUAAUAGGAGCUUGUGAUGUGUUUCACAUCUGCACACAUGCAUGUGUGUGUCUGCAUACCACGAAACACGAUGUCCCGUCCUGGGAGCCACGUUCUUCUGGACCUUGCACUGUGCAGUGGAAGUGACCAAGACAUCAGUGUCAGGAGCAGCCAGAGCUUCCUAGGACAGAGAUGCAGCACAGUGUGACCCAGCGUCAGAGUCAAUCAGCCUGGCCCCACAUCUGCCUGACUGAGCUUGCAUUUCAGCCAAGGGAAGCUGGGGAUGCUCUGGCAGUCCUGCUUGCAGCCUGAUCCCUGUUCCAUCCCUGCUCCUGGGACUCUGAUACUCAGCUCCAGCCCCGAGUGCCUGGAGCAGCACCAAACCAUCUGCCUCCAAGCUGACUCUAGAGGGCACAAAUCCUAAAGCCUGAGGCGGGUAUAAAAUAACACUGCAGUCACCUGCCAGAAAGGUCACCCCAGGGCUUGGGGUCUGCCUGGAAGCCACUGGUUUCCAGUUCUAGCAGAGGCAGACCUGUGAGCUAUGUUGCUUCAGAUGACCCAAAUUUCUGAGGGACUGUGAUCCCAAAGAAAAGCACCAGCAGUGCUAUUGAAAAAGUAGAUACCCCUACAUUUCCAGGGGCCCUGCAACAGGUGAAUUUCUUAAAAGAGGUGCAGAGCACUGAACUGUGCCAGGAUUACACACAGGAGUGGUGCUGUAGUCCUGCCUGGGAAUCCACAUGCAUUCAUCACCCUCAAGGUGACUCAGAGAAAACCUUGCACACUCCCAGCCACAUGUCCAUGUCAUCUGGAAAUUUCUAACCAACUUCUAAGAAGACGUCACAUUUUUUAAGUGCAAAAUGUUUCAUUUAUGUAUGGGGAUUCUUUUAAUAAAAAUGAUUGACCAGAAGAGACUAAGAAAAAAAAGCAACAUUUUAGAUAUUACAGAUAUAAUUCUUUUAUUGGAACAUGAUGUCAAUGAUUACAAUUUCUGAAUAUGUUUACUUUUAUAAAAUACUCUUUUUUUUAAAAAUACAUUUUUUUAUCUAAGACAGAUAUUGGAAACUAUCAGUCUGCUGCAGCCCAUCACCAGGUGUUACCAUUUUUUUGUUGUUUUGAUGCCAUUGGCCAUUUUUUUUUCAUUUGAGCUAUGAGAAUCAGAGCAAAUAGAGAACAUGCCAUUCAGUAACAAAUUGUGUUUUCUCAGAUGGACUUAUUUUAUCAAAGGCUCAGACAUCAGCAAAAACUGUUUCCUUUUUUAUUGUGACUGCUCUUCAGUACAAUAUGAUUGUGGCUGCUGCUGUUUUAUCUAGAAGCUUAGUUUGCCCUGUCAAAAUAUCUGACAAGUCCACCUUCCCAUGUGUAGGAACCUGACUAGUGUAGUGAAUGUGUACAUUUAAAGAAAUUGAGAUUUACCUGUACUUAAUCACAGAAUGCAAUUCAGUUGCCUCUUUGUUUUUUACCUUGUGCUGUUUCUGUUACAUUGAGUAACUGGAAAUACUCUGCUAAAUGGGGUAACACGUCCUAUGCAGAUAUUGAGUGAACCAGAUCUCUGUGACAACAGAAUAGGUUGAGGGAACUGUCAAUGAUAAGCUCAAUUAUAUUGAAGGGCAUAUUGACCUCACGAUGCUAAGAUUCUGAUCUUUUAAAUGUACUCAUGUCUUAGGUUCCUUUUUUCUGUCUUCUUGUGUUCCCUUUCUUCCUACUAAGACAAGUACCUUAUUACAGUAAAUUUCUGAAGAGGCCCCUCUACAUUCAUCAUAGUAUAUUCCUUGUGACAAAAGCAUCAGGCUUUUUGGUCCCAACAAUCAUGCCUGCAUUUUCAAGCCUGCAUUCAGAACAUUCUGCUGCCUCACUCCCAGAGUUAGACUAAGUGGGGUUGCCAGUGUACAGUCAGGGAAGCAGGGGAAUGUAGAGGUAAUGGUGCUUUCAGCCUUGCACAAUUAAAAAUCUAGUUCAACAGCUUGUAUUUUCUUCUGCUGCUUCCUUGGUGUGAAGCAUUGAAACUAAUAAUCUUUUUGGCCCUGUACCACCCCUUCACAGAUGAGAAUGAUGACGGUGAUUUUGUCACUGUAGAAGGAUCUGAGUCACACUUGGUGGCGGUGCUUUGUGAUUGGAAGUGAAGCUGAAAUACAGAAGUGAGGGCUCUGUGUCUGGAAGAGCUGGAAGAAUUUUUCAUUAUCCUUUCUCCAGUACAAACUUAGGACUCUUCAUUAUUCCAAAUCAGAGCAUAACCUCAAAACUUAGUGACUUUUUCCAGAGAAUUCAUAUUGGAAUGGCUGAAGCUGAAACUUUAUGCAUUUCUGAACUAUUGUCCUAAAGUCAACCACUUGGGUGAAGGUACACUCAGCACUUUGAGACAGUAAAUUCAGUGUGGACUGCUAGAAACCCAAACAGAUCAACUUUCUAUAUUUAAUGAAAUGGGUCUAUUGAAAAAAAUAGUAUGAUUGUUCAGUUAAAAAGCAUCCCAUGGAUGCACACAAGGGGACAAAAAAUUUUAAUCCUGACAUUUCCUAGAUUUUUAAUUUUUUACUUUAUUUUCUUGUGACGUUUGCCU